AUGGAAGAAGGAAAGAUUCUUAUACGAGGUGAUCAGGCCACGAUUGGAUCGUAUUUUGCAUCUACCAAAUCCGAUGUCGAGGCUCACUUCGCGACUCAUGGUACCGGAGAAAUCACCGAGGUUAAGCUCAUGAAUGGCUUCGGUUUCAUCGAGUACAAGGACCCCAUGGAUGCCCGUGAUGUUGUACCGGCCUUCCAUGGCUCUGAUUUCAUGGGAGAACGACUCACUGUCCAGUUCGCCCGCGGUUCCCGGCAUCGCGAGGGCGGUUUUGGCAACCAUGAGCGCACCGCGCCACGGCCUCGUCGAACCCCUCAUCGAAUGCAGAUUACGGGACUUCCAAACGAUACCUCUUGGCAGGAUCUCAAAGACUUUGCGCGUCAGUCUAGCUUGGACGUUGUCUAUUCUGAAACUGGUCGCGACUCGAACGGCCGAGGCUUCGUCGAAUUCGAGACUGCAGCAGACCUUAGAACGGCUGUUGAGAAGCUUGAUGGGCGUGAAUUUAAGGGCCAGCGAGUCCAAUGCGUUGCUGACACUCAGCCGGAUAUGCCUCCUCGCGAGCGCGGUCGAUCCCGCUCCCCAGGACGUCGACCUUAUCCUCCUCCCGUGGACGACUACGAUCGGCGUGGCCCUCCCCGUGGAUAUAGUCCUCGUGGAGGCGGUGGUGGUUACGGCUACCGAGAUCGCAGUCCUCGUCGCGAUUACUAUGAUGAUCGCGCCCGUUAUCGGUCUCCUCCUCGCCGUCCCAUGGAGGACUAUCCUCCCCCUCCCCCUCGCGGCCGCUACGAUGACCCCUAUCGCCGCGACUACCCUCCUCCGCCCGAUCCCUAUGCCAAUGGGCGACCUCCUUAUGACCGACCUCCUCGAGACUUCCCUCCACGAGAGGGCGGAUACCCACGAGAUGGUGGCUAUCCCCGAGACUAUGAUCGUGGUGGACGCUACUGGUAA